AACGGAAGAUCUAGAAAAGUCCAGCGACUAGAGGGGCGUGGUUUGAGGCUCCGCCCACCGCGCGCGACAGUCUCUCCAGAACACAGUCAAACCCCGGGAGAACAUACCAGAAACCCUGAUCAGACACACACAAACAGCCGCCAAAGUCAUGCAUCCAGCAGCUGCUAAGUGGUACGACAGACGGGACUUUGUCUUCAUUGAGUUUUUGGUGGAGGACAGCAAGGAUGUGAAUGUAAAUUUUGAAAAGUCCAAAUUUGGUUUCAGCUGUCUCAGUGGAGCUGAUAACAUGAAGUACUCAAAUGAAAUUGACCUUUUUGAAUCCAUCGAUCAAGAUGGAUCCAAACACAGGCGUACAGACCGGUCGAUCUUGUGCUGUUUACGGAAAGUGAUGUCAGGGAAAUCCUGGCCCAGGUUAACGAAAGACAAAGCAAAGCUCAACUGGCUUAGCGUUGACUUCAACAACUGGAAAGACUGGGAGGAUGAUUCGGAUGAAGAUUUGUCCAACUAUGAUCGCUUUUCAGAGAUGAUGGGCAACAUGGGAGGAGAAGAUGAUUUACCUGACCUAGAUGGAGCAGAUGAUGAAUCAGCUGAUAGCGAUGAUGAAAAAAUGCCAGAUCUGGAAUGAGUGACUGGCAUGUUGCGGACAGACAGAGGAGGAGAGGGAGAUGACAUAAUGAAAAGAGGAAGCUGUCACGUAAAUGCUACUUGAUCUGAAAGAGAGCAAAGCUGGAUUCAGUGAAACCUGUUGAGUUCAUAAGCAUCACCUCUGUCUCAGUGGCUGCACUCCAGAAGAUCGUCAUAAACCUCUGUUGGGAGUUAUUAUGCAUAUUGUUGUACAGAGCUUUGUUGUCCCUCUCCUUAUGACCAGUCCUGGCUUUUGUUUUUUUCUGUUUUGUUUUAAUCUGUACUAAAAACAUGUAUACUUAAACUGUUUGGAAAAACUGCACUGUAUUCGUAUUUUUUCAACCGAAAAGCAAUAGAUGUAAUGGAAAGUUUCUUUUUUUAUUGUAAGGCGUUGAAAUUAAAAUGAAAAGUGAAACUUUG